UCCUCUUGGAUUGGAUGCGUCCGACACUCGAGCCACACCGAAUCCCAACCACCAUUGCCGCGCCGAGCUCUUCUUCUUCACCAUCAGCGAAGCAGAGCAGAGCAGAAGCAGAGCGCGGAGAUAUGCUCGGAGGUCGACGGCGAGGUCAGCAGCAAGAAGCGAGGUAGCGGGCGGCGGCCGCAGAGAGACAUGUGGACGCCGUCGCGGGGGUCGGCGAGCGGGCGGCGGGCGACGGGUCACCGCCGCAUCGCGGACUACCUCGCCGACGACCGGACGGAGGCGUCGACGGAGAACGGGUCGUUCAACACGGCCUACAGCGACGAGCUGUUCGCGCCGACGUCGUCGUCCGCCGGCGGCGAUGGCGUCGGUGGAAUGCUGCCGGCGUUCCUCGCCGACCAGAGCGACCUCGUGGAGGUCAUGCUGGAGCUCGACGAGGAGUCCAUGGUGGUGCGGAGCGUGACGCCCACCACGGGCGCGCUGUACGGGCCCACGUCGUUGGCCGGGGGCGGCGCCGCGCACACGCCGCCGGGGAGCGGGCGGAGCCUGAGCCGGUGCUCGUCGACGUCGUCGCGGAUACGCAAGAAGUUCGCGUGGCUACGGUCGCCGUCGCCCGCGCCGGCGCCUCGCGCCCCCACGCCGUCGGAGCCGCCGCCGCCGCGGGAGGCGGCGAUGGCCGCACGCGAGCGGCGGCGCAUCCAGGCGCGGCUGAACCGGUCCCGCUCCGGCGCCAGGCGCGCCCUCAAGGGCCUCCGCUUCAUCAGCCGCACCACCGGCUCCGCCGAGGCCGCCGAGCUCUGGACCCGCGUCGAGCACCGCUUCAACGCCCUCUCCCGCGACGGCCUCCUCUCCCGCGACAACUUCGGCGACUGCAUCGGGAUGGAGGACUCGAAGGAGUUCGCCGUGGGCAUCUUCGACGCGCUGGCGCGGCGGCGGCGGCAGGAGCUCGAGCGGAUCAGCAAGGAGGAGCUCUACGACUUCUGGGUCCAAAUCUCCGACCAGAGCUUCGACGCGCGCCUCCAAAUCUUCUUCGACAUGGUGGAUACCAACGUGGACGGGAGGAUCACUAGGGAGGAAGUGCAGGAGCUGAUCGUGCUGAGCGCGUCGGCGAACAAGCUGUCGAAGCUGAAGGAGCAGGCGGAGGAGUACGCGUCGCUGAUCAUGGAGGAGCUCGACCCGGAGGACCUCGGCUACAUCGAGCUGUGGCAGCUGGAGGCGCUGCUGCUCCAGCGAGACGCGUACAUGAACUACAGCCGGCCGCUCAGCAGCGGCAGCACGGCGCAGUGGAGCCAGAACCUCGGCGGCGGCGGCGGAGGGCAGCAAGGAGGGCAAGGGCAGGGGCAGGGGCAGUCGGAGGGGAGGAGGAACGACUGGAGGCGGCGGUGGAGCCCGCGGCGAGCGGCGGCGAGGGCGCAGGUGGCGGCGGAGGAGAACUGGCGGCGCGCGUGGGUGCUGGCGCUGUGGUUCGCCGCCAUGGCGGGACUGUUCGCGUGGAAGUUCGUGCAGUACCGCCGCACGCCGGCGUUCCGGGUGAUGGGGUACUGCCUCCCGACGGCGAAGGGCGCCGCCGAGACGCUCAAGCUCAACAUGGCGCUCGUCCUCCUCCCCGUCUGCCGCAACACGCUGACGUGGCUCCGCUCCUCCUGGGCCCGCUUCUUCGUCCCCUUCGACGACAGCAUCACCUUCCACAAGAUCAUCGCGACGGCAAUCGCGCUGGGCAUCUGCACGCACGCGGGGACGCACCUGGCGUGCGACUUCCCGCGGCUGAUCGGGUCGAGCCGGGAGGAGUACGAGCUGCUGCUGUCCGGCUUCUUCGGCGCGUCGCGGCCGACGUACCGGGGCCUCCUCGCCGGCGUCGAGGGGGUCACCGGGAUCGUCAUGGUGGUGCUCAUGGUGGUCUCCUUCACGCUGGCGACGCGGCCGCUGCGGAAGCGGGAGGCGCCGCGCCUCCCGUUCCCGCUCGGCCACCUCGCCGGCUUCAACGCCUUCUGGUACUCGCACCACCUCCUCAUCGUCGUCUACCUCCUUCUGCUCGUUCAUGGCUGGUUCAUGUUCCUCGUCACCAAGUGGCACCAGAGGACGACAUGGAUGUACAUUGCUGUGCCAUUGAUGCUUUAUGUCGGCGAAAGGACGCUACGGGCCUUCAGAUCCAAGGCUUAUGCAGUAAAAAUCCUGAAGGUGUGUCUUCUACCGGGUAAUGUGUUGACCAUCACAAUGUCAAAGCCUUAUGGAUUCAGAUACAGGAGUGGGCAGUACAUUUUCCUUCAGUGUCCAACGAUCUCUCCAUUUGAAUGGCACCCUUUCUCCAUCACUUCAGCACCUGGAGAUGACUACAUCAGUGUCCAUAUCCAGACCAGGGGGGACUGGACGCAGGAGCUCAAGCGCAUUUUCGUCGAGAACUAUUUCGUGCCAAGCGUUCCGAGAAGAGCUUCAUUUGGAGCUCUAGGCAUGGCAGAACAGAAGAGUCCACCAAGGUUGCUUGUAGAUGGCCCUUAUGGCGCGCCGGCGCAGGAUUUCAGGAACUACGAUGUUCUUCUCCUUGUCGGCCUCGGGAUCGGUGCGACGCCUUUCAUAAGCAUUCUUAGAGAUCUGCUGAACAACAUCAAGCUGGCUGAUGAGCUGAUGGAUCUGGCAAUGGAGACUAGCAGGUCUGACGACAGCGCCAACAGCUUCAGUGUGUCGACGGCGAGCAGCAACAAGAGGAGAGCGUACAGGACGAGCAGGGCACACUUCUACUGGGUUACAAGAGAGCCAGGGUCAUUCGAAUGGUUCAAGGGGGUGAUGAAUGAAGUUGCUGAAAUGGACAAGAAGGGUGUCAUAGAGCUGCACAACUAUCUCACAAGUGUGUAUGAAGAGCGUGAUGCCAGGUCGACGCUGCUCUCAAUGGUGCAGGCCCUGAACCAUGCAAAGCAUGGUGUAGAUAUUGUGUCAGGCACAAGGGUCAGGACACAUUUUGCAAGGCCUAACUGGAAGGAGGUCUUCACUAGAAUUGCUUCCAAGCACCCCAAUUCUACAGUAGGGGUAUUUUACUGUGGAAAGCCCACACUAGCCAAAGAAUUGAAGAAACUAUCACUUGACAUGAGCCACAAAACGACAACUCGCUUCCAUUUCCACAAGGAGUACUUCUGAUGGAAUACAGAACAGUCAUGAUUACAGUAGAUAUUGAUAAAAAGAAUCAAAAUUUUUUGCAUAGAAGCAAACUGACCCUCUUCACCAUUUGUAAAUGUACAUAGUAUAAUGCAGAGGGAUAGAUAGAAACAUUUUUAUUAACAAAAUUUGAGAGGGCAAAAUCUUCAGUGCCCUCAGCCAUCGUCUAUCAUAGAUAUACAUGUAUAGCCUAUAGCUACUCAUCAGAUGCUAAGCUUACAAGACCCUGAGGUCACCAAAGUACACGUCUACCAGUCUAGUACUGGCAGUGGCAUUGCGCAGUGAUACUAUAUAUGGAUAUUCAGUUGGGCCUUGGCAUUAACACAGAAAAGCAGACUCAUAAAAUAUGAUCACGUGAUCCUUACUGCAAGCAUAUUGCAGUACUCUAUAUUUGUUGAAACAAAUAACAUGCUGUAUAAUUAGAAUACCAGUAAAGAGCUGCUUAGGCUUUAUUUUGUA